UUAUAUUUUAAGUAUAUUUUCAUAUUUUCGAAGUGAAACUUUUCUCUCUAACAACCUGAAUAACUUUUCUUCUUUUCUUCUUUUCUUCGUGAUUUGACGGUUUCAGCUCUAUGAGGCGUUCGGCGUCCUCCGAGAUCUCGGCGCCAUCGCACAGGUCCACGCUGAAAACGGUGACAUCAUCGAUGAGGUAAAAGAGCCAGCCAAUCAGAAGCUCUACUUUUCCAAAAAUUAAUAAAGACAUAAAAUAAAAAAAUAAAAAAUAAAAAAUUAAGAUUAAAACUCUUUGAAUUGGUUUGUACUGGUUUAUACAGAUCUAAACUGGUUCAAACUGGUUUAAACUGGUUUAAACUGGUUAAUCCUUGUUUGUACUGGUUUAUUCAGAUCUAAACUGGUUUAAACUGGUUUGUACUGGUUUAUUCAGAUCUAAACUGGUUUAAACUGGUUUGUACUGGUUUGUACUGGUUUAUUCAGAUCUAAACUGGUUCAAACUGGUUUAAACUGGCCUCUUUGUCCUCUCGUCUGUUUUUCCAGGAACAGAAGAAGCUUCUCUCUCUCUCCAUCACAGGACCAGAAGGUCAUGUUCUGUCUCACCCUGAGGAGGUACCUGUGAUGACAUCACCACACCUGUUCUUGUCAUGUGACCAAUCAGUGUCACACAGGUGUGUUGUUUUGUGUUACAGGUGGAGACGGAGGCCGUUCACAGAGCGAUCACCAUCGCCAAACAGGCCAACUGUCCUCUCUACGUUACCAAGGUGAUGAGCAAGUCAGCUGCUGAUGUCAUCGCCAAGGCUAGGAAGAAAGGUGAUGUCACCUGACCUUUCACCCUGACCUUUCACCCUGAACUUCAUCAUGAUCUUUGUCCUGAUUGUGACUUAAGUUUCAUAUUUUUUUAAUAGAUACUCCGAUAUUUUUAAUCCGAUAUUUUAACUCCGAUAUUUUAACUCCGAUAUUUUUACUCCGAUAUUUUAACUCCGAUAUUUUAACUCCGAUAUUUUAACUCCGAUAUUUUAACUUCGUUAUUUCAGACCACAGUUGUAACUUUAGUUUCUCUCCGACCUCGUCACGCCGUCCGCUCCUCUGAGGUGAUCUUCUCAGGUCUGCUGAAGAUGAACUUCUUUAACCUUUCAGAUCAGGACAGACUCAGGGUCUAACUAAGACCAGGUCUUUGGUCCAGGUCUGUGGUCCAGGUCUGUGAUCCAGAUCUUUGGUCCAGGUCUGUGGUCCAGGUCUGUGGUCCAGAUCUUUGGUCCAGAUCUUUGGUCCAGGUCUGUGAUCCAGAUCUUUGGUCCAGGUCUGUGGUCCAGAUCUUUGGUCCAGGUCUGUGGUCCAGAUCUUUGGUCCAGAUCUUUGGUCCAGGUCUGUGAUCCAGAUCUUUGGUCCAGGUCUGUGGUCCAGAUCUUUGGUCCAGGUCUGUGGUCCAGGUCUGUGAUCCAGAUCUUUGGUCCAGGUCUGUGGUCCAGCUUUAGGAGGAAGUCCUCAUGGACCUUCAUAACUCGUCUUCCUCCUUCAGGGAUGGUCGUGUACGGAGAGCCAAUCACAGCCGGUCUCGCCACCGAUGGCUCUCAUUAUUGGUCCAAGGACUGGGCAACAGCCGCCGCCUUCGUCAUGAGCCCGCCUUUGAACCCUGACCCUUCAACCCCGAACUAUCUGACCUCUCUGCUGGCAUGGUAAGUAUGACUCCGCCCCCUAUGACUCUCCCUGUGUGAGCAUGCUCAGUAGGAUCAGCCCUCUCUCCAGGUGUGACCCUCACAGGUUUUCCUCAUGUGUUUGUCUAGUGGUGACCUUCAGGUGACCUCCAGCGCUCAGGCGAGCUUCACCACGGCGCAGAAAGCGGUCGGUAAAGACGACUUCACCCUGAUCCCGGAGGGAACCAAUGGGAUCGAAGAGAGGAUGUCGGUGGUGUGGGACCGCGCCGUGGUGAGAAAACGAGCGAAUUUUAGAAGAAGAGCGGCGAGAUCAUUUUCCUCCGAUAUUUAACCGAGAUAUUAAAACUUAACCGAGAUGAUUUAGCUCAGAUAUUUGGAGCCCAGAUGUUCUCUUUUCUACGGUUUAGCUCAGAUUUAGGAUCUAUUAGUCGUCUCAUAAAUAAAAUUUUUAUUUCCUGUUGUUUCUGUUUUUCCUUUUUUUUUCUCUGCAGUCGACGGGGAAGAUGGACGAGAACGAGUUUGUCGCAGUGACCAGUACCAACGCUGCGAAACUCUUCAACAUUUACCCCCGUAAAGGUGACCAAUCAGACGGCACAGUCAGAUCAGGUGACACAUUGGUUAUUGAUUUGAAUCUUUAGAUUUAUGAACGUCGUGAAUGAUUCUGUUUUUCAGGACGGAUCGCCGUCGGUUCGGACGCCGAUAUCGUCGUCUGGAACCCGAAGGAGACACGAACCGUUUCUGCAAAGACUCACAACCUGGUAACACCUCAUGGAUCUUCAUCAUCAUCAUCAAUAACCGCUCAUCAUAAACUCCUCCUCCUCCUCCUCACUGCUCACCUGUCUGUGUGCAGACUGUGGAGGUGAACAUCUUGGAGGGUUUGGAGUUCCGUGGCGUGGCGACGGUGGUGAUCAGCGGAGGUCGAGUCGUCCUGGAGGACGGAAAACUCAACGUGAGCGAAGGAUCGGGACGCUUCAUCCCCAGAAAGGCUUUUCCUGACGCCGUCUACAAGAGGAUCCGAGCGCGCAGCAAGGUAACGGGGUGAACUCACCCGUCCUCACCCGUCCUCACCUGUCCUCACCCGUCCUCACCUGUCCUCACCCAGAGACGGAUCAGAAAACCCCGAGCUUGACCCCUUAAUGUCCCCGACUUCUGGUUAACUUUGAAACUUGACCUUCGACUGACGGUAGAACAAACCAGAACCUUUCUCAGAAAACAGGAGUUUGAAAAGUAGUGAACUGUGUUUACCAGAGGAUAACGAGCAGGUUACUGACUGACGAGCAGGUUACUGACUAACGAGCAGGAUACUGACUGACGAGCAGGUUACUGACUAACGAGCAGGUUACUGACUAACGAGCAGGAUACUGACUAACGAGCAGGUUACUGACUAACGAGCAGGUUACUGACUAAUGAGCAGGUUACUGACUAAUGAGCAGGUUACUGACUAAUGAGCAGGUUACUGACUAAUGAGCAGGUUACUGACUAACUGUUUAAUGAAGGUGGGAUCUUAAAGUCAUCAGAGGUUUCACCAGGUUAGCCUGUUCUAAUGCUAACAGGUUAGCCUGUUUAAACGCUAACAUGUUAGACUGUUUAAACGCUAACACGUUAGCCUGUUCAAAUGCUAACAGGUUAGCGUUGGCGUUGGAUGAAAUGGUCGACAGUUCUCCACGACUCACUCUCUUUUUUUUGGCGUCUAAGAUGGCUGAGGCUCGCGGCGUCCCCCGGGGAAACUAUGAUGGUCCUGUCCAUGAUGUCAUCAGCAUGACAAAGUCAGUCCCGCCCACUCCAACCACCCGGGGCCCGCCGUGUCCCAAAACCUUGGUGGGCCCCCGAAACCUGCACCAGUCUGGAUUCACCUUGGCAGGUAGAGUUACCAGCUGCAGUAAAUAUGUGAGGUGCAUUAUGGGUAAGCACAGGAAGUGACGACCUUAAUAGGAACUAAUUUACACGAGCAGAUUUAAGUACAUUUUUGAAAUCAGUUUUUACUUCAAUUUUUCUCAUUUCUCAUCUUUAACUUUAACAUCCUUCCCUUUUUCUUUUUUCUUUCUAUUUUGUUUCUUUCUCUCUUUCUUUCUGUUUUUCUUUCUUUCUGUUUUUCUUUCUUUCUCUCCUUCUUUCUUCGUCUCUUUCAGGAGCUCAGAUUGACGAUCACAUCCCUCGUCGCUCGGCUCAGAGGAUUGUGGCGCCCCCUGGUGGCGUAUCUAACAUCACUUCUCUUUCUUAGAGAAAUCUGAUCUUUUGUUUUUUUUUAACUAAAGUCUGAAAAUCAAAAACUGAAUCGAUCCCCGAUCAUUACCCCUCGUACAGGUGAGCGUUAGAUCGUAAACCUUUCCGAUGUUUCAUUUCUUCAUCGUAGUUUUACUCCGACAGGUUAAGUACCGACCAGUACUUUACCCAUUUAAACCUCAGUUAACUCUGACACUGAAGUACUUUCUCUAGUUUUAAAUUAUACAACACGCUUACAAGAACUAUUGGCAGUACUUUUACUGUGAGUACACGUCAAAUACCCCAGCUGUGAGUCGAGAACAAAAGUCGUCAGACGAGUUCUGAGCUAGCGCUGACCCUGUUUCUUCAGAUUUGACCGUCUGGUUAAAGUUCUGACUGAACUUAACUUAUUAAAUAUUCGUCUUAUAAAUAAGUUCGACCUUAUUUAACAGCUAAACUAGGUUUUAACCCUUUGGUCGUCUUGUCUUUUAAUUAAGCUCGUUAUAUUAGCCUACUAAAGUCCGAUAACAGUUUUACUUUAAGUCCUACAAGUUGAGUUAACUAGUCGUCUAUUAUAAACUAUUAUCUAACUAGUACAACAGUCUGAAGCAGUACUUUUACUGGUACAGAUACCAGGUUGACUAAUGUAACUAGUACUGAAUACGUGGUAUCAUAUAUGGACGAUAAAAUAUCAACAGUACUAGUUACUAGUUACUUUUAUUGGCUUAACCAUUAAACCAGAUUAAAAUACUGAACAUCACAUUUCUUAUUGUGUCUCAUUUAUUUACUUUUAACCUCGUCUGACAACUAAACGAAUCUAAACGACUGUUGAUGUUCUCAGUACUGACCCGAACUCUCGUUUAGAGUUUAACUCUUUUUUUCUUUGGUUAUUUAUUCGUUUACUCAUUAAAUCCUUUUAUUUAUCUACUUCUGUCAUCUGUAACAUUUCACUGUGAGUAAGGAAGUUCAAGUAUUACUACAAUUACUCAAAACCUGCUCUACAACCUACUAACUGAACCAUUAAAGUACUUGUACAAGUAAAACAACUGUACUUCAUAAAGCACUGGAACUACACAGGCCCUAAAACAACCAAAUUAAUCUGUAACAGCUGACCAAGUACUUUAAUCUCAACUGUAGUAGUACCACUGAACAUUUUAAGACAGUACACAUACUGCUGAACAACUUGUACUAAGAGUUAUGAAGACAGUAUCACAACAACUCAAAAGUACACCUAUACUACCACUUGAUCCUACGUUCUGUGCUCAGAUUAAAUAAUUAGGGAUUAUUACGAUUAUUUCAACACCCCAACAAAGUAGAGAGUACUUCAGCUUCACAGUUUUAGUAGAGUUUGAUUUCUGCGAUCGUAUAUUUGACCGAGUACAGGUGAACGCCAAGACGCCAUUUUAUCAUCUUUGAACGGAACGUCAUCUUCACCUUUUUUCAGUGCUUUCCGAACUCUCGUUAAUAAAGAAGGAGUAAAGGUAGUAAAGGUAGUGAGUACUUUGUACUGCAACUGUCUGAGACAAAGUUUAUCGCAAAAUCAUUUCGUCUUUUUUUCUCCUUUAAACCCGAAUUCUUUCUGUUUAAGGUUUUGAUCAAAAACUGCUCAAAGUAUCAGUGUCAGUCAGAACCACGAUCAUUCUUCAUCAGUUCGUCCUUUUACGAUAAACCUAACCACGAUCAUUCUUCAUCAGUUCGUCCUUUUACGAUAAACCUAACCACGAUCAUUCUUCAUCAGUUGGUCCUUUUACGAUAAACCUAACCACGAUCAUUCUUCAUCAGUACGUACUUUUACGAUAAAAAUAACCACGAUCAUUCUUAAUCAGUACGUAGUUCUACGAUGACUAAACCACGAUCAUUCUUCAUCAGUUCGUCCUUUUACGAUAAAAAUAACCCCUAUCAUUCUGCAUCAGUUCGUCCUUUUACGAUAAAAAUAACCACGAUCAUUCUUAAUCAGUUCGUCCUUUUACGAUAAACAUAACCACGAUCAUUCUUCAUCAGUUCGUCCUUUUACGAUAAACAUAACCACGAUCAUUCUUAAUCAGUACGUAGUUCUACGAUGACUAAACCACGAUCAUUCUUCAUCAGUUCGUCCUUUUACGAUAAACAUAACCACGAUCAUUCUUCAUCAGUAUGUUGUUUUACGAUAAACAUAACCACGAUCAUUCUUCAUCAGUUCGUCCUUUUACGAUAAACAUAACCACGAUCAUUCUUCAUCAGUAUGUUGUUUUACGAUAAACCUAACCACGAUCAUUCUUCAUCAGUUCGUCCUUUUACGAUAAACAUAACCACGAUCAUUCUUCAUCAGUACGUACUUUUACAAUAACCUAACCUUAGCUAAUGUCAGUGAAUGAUGUUCUGGGUCGUUAGUUGCUGGUAGUUACGUGUUUAGUCCUGAUCCGUGUUUUUAUUGAUCUGGUUUUGUCCAGACUGACUGAGUUCGACCUGAAACUUCGUCGGCUCAGUGACUUUAACGUUUAGAGUUUUAUUUAUUGACGAUGUGAAAAUUAAACGGACUCUCACAUUUCAGUGUUUAUAUAAAAGGUGCUUAUAGAUCCAGACUAAGCCUGUAAGUAGCAGUCCCUUCAGAAGCACGCCCCCUUCAGGAAGACAACAGAAUUACCGCUCCUUCUUGAAUUUCUAAAGUAACAUGAAAAUAAAAUAAAAUGUUUCCCUCAGAUCUGACUGAAGAUACGAACAAAAUACUGGACUCUGCAAGAUCUACCCUCUACUGGUCUAUACUGGGUUAUUCUGUGUGAGGAUGGUCUGGACCGUUCUGGUCUGGACGGUUCUGAUCUGGACGGUUCUGGUCUGGACGGUUCUGAUCUGGACGGUUCUGGUCCUGACCAUUCUGAUCUGGAUGGUUCUGGUCUGGACGGUUCUGGUCUGGAUCUGAUAGGUUCAUUGAAAGUGCAGUUCUCUGUGUGGCCAGCAGGGGGAACAGUCUUAUGUCUUCAGUACGUCCAGAGUCCGGUUCUGCUGUCAGAGGUUCGCACCUUCCCUUCUCGCUCUGUGACCUUUGACCUUUGAGGGGAUUUUUUUUACAAUGUUUUUGAUUCGUAAAGUUUUAUUUGAUAAACACGAUCAUUUUGUAUUUUUUACGGUUUUUGUAUUCUGGCAGUUUUAGCAUCAGUGAGUGUCCUACUAUCCAACAGUUCAGUCUUCAGGAACCACAGGCCGCCAUGUUUGUGCAAAGCUGUUACUACGGUAACGACACGUUCCGUCGCCAUUUUACGAACAUGAACAUGUAAGAAAAAAGACAAAACAGAGAAGUGACGAUUUUGUUUAACGAAAAACUGGAAAUAAAAAUUAAUAAAACUGAAACGACAUAAACUGACGAGGGAGAAACAGACAACUGACCAAAACAGACAACAGACCAAAACAGACAACUGACCAAAACAGACAACUGACCAAAACAGACAACUGACCAAAACAGACAACUGACCAAAACAGACCAGACUACAGACAACUGACCAAAACAAACAACUGACCAAAACAGACAACUGACCAAAACAGACCAAAACAGACAACUGACCAAAACAGACCAAAACAGACAACUGACCAAAACAGACAACUGACCAAAACAGACCAAAACAGACAACUGACCAAAACAGACCAAAACAGACAACUGACCAAAACAGACAACUGACCAAAACAGACAACUGACCAAAACAGACAACUGACCAAAACAGACCAGACUACAGACAACUGACCAAAACAAACAACUGACCAAAACAGACAACUGACCAAAACAGACCAGACUACAGACAACUGACCAAAACAGACCAAAACAGACAACUGACCAAAACAGACAACUGACCAAAACAGACAACUGACCAAAACAGACCAGACUACAGACAACUGACCAAAACAGACAACUGACCAAAACAGACCGAAACAGACAACUGACCAAAACAGACAACUGACCAAAACAGACCAAAACAGACAACUGACCAAAACAGACAACUGACCAAAACAGACCAAAACAGACAACUGACCAAAACAGACCAAAACAGACAACUGACCAAAACAGACAACUGACCAAAACAGACCAGACUACAGACAACUGACCAAAACAGACAACUGACCAAAACAGACAACUGACCAAAACAGACCAGACUACAGACAACUGACCAAAACAAACAACUGACCAAAACAGACAACUGACCAAAACAGACCAGACUACAGACAACUGACCAAAACAGACAACUGACCAAAACAGACCGAAACAGACAACUGACCAAAACAGACAACUGACCAAAACAGACCAGACUACAGACAACUGACCAAAACAGACAACUGACCAAAACAGACAACUGACCAAAACAGACCAGACUACAGACAACAGACCAAAACAGACAACUGACCAAAACAGACCAAAACAGACAACUGACCAAAACAGACCAAAACAGACAACUGACUAAAACAGACAACUGACCAAAACAGACCAAAACAGACCAGACUACAGACAACUGACCAAAACAGACCAGACUACAGACAACUGACCAAAACAGACUACUGACCAAAACAGACCAGACCACAGACAACUGACCAAAACAGACAACUGACCAAAACAGGCCAGACUACAGACAACUGACCAAAACAGACAACUGGCCAAAACAGACAACUGACCAAAACAGACCAGACUACAGACAACUGACCAAAACAGACAACUGACCAAAACAGACCAAAACAGACAACUAACCAAAACAGACAACUGACCAAAACAGACCAAAACAGACCAGACUACAGACAACUGACCAAAACAGACCAGACUACAGACAACUGACCAAAACAGACCAGACUACAGACAACUGACCAAAACAGACAACUGACCAAAACAGACCAGACUACAGACAACUGACCAAAACAGACAACUGACCAAAACAGACAACUGACCAAAACAGACCAGACUACAGACAACUGACCAAAACAGACAACUGACCAAAACAGACCAAAACAGACAACUGACCAAAACAGACCAAAACAGACAACUGACUAAAACAGACAACUGACCAAAACAGACCAGACUACAGACAACUGACCAAAACAGACCAGACUACAGACAACUGACCAAAACAGACUACUGACCAAAACAGACCAGACCACAGACAACUGACCAAAACAGACAACUGACCAAAACAGGCCAGACUACAGACAACUGACCAAAACAGACAACUGGCCAAAACAGACAACUGACCAAAACAGACCAGACUACAGACAACUGACCAAAACAGACAACUGACCAAAACAGACCAAAACAGACAACUAACCAAAACAGACAACUGACCAAAACAGACCAAAACAGACCAGACUACAGACAACUGACCAAAACAGACCAGACUACAGACAACUGACCAAAACAGACCAGACUACAGACAACUGACCAAAACAGACAACUGACCAAAACAGACCAGACUACAGACAACUGACCAAAACAGACAACUGACCAAAACAGACAACUGACCAAAACAGACCAGACUACAGACAACUGACCAAAACAGACAACUGACCAAAACAGACCAAAACAGACAACUGACCAAAACAGAUCAGACUACAGACAACUGACCAAAACUGACCAGACUACAGACAGGUUGACUGAGAAUACAGACAGGUCAGGGUCAGGGUCUGUGAAGUCCUGCAGGCUGAACUGUCGUCGUUCUUGUCGUUCUCGUCUCCUCAGAUGUUCCGGCGCCAACAUGGAGGCAGAAACUGCUUGUAUUCCCAGAAUGCUUUGCAGUCUAUGCAGGAAAGUGGUUGCCUUGGCAACAGUGCAUCGUUGUUGUUCCUGUAGUGAAUGUAAAUCUUGUGAUCGGCAUGAAUAAACUGUGUGAAAAAACAA